GACGCCAAACGAUCGUCGCACGAAGAACACAGAACGCACAAUCGUUGUCCAGAGUCGCGUUUGGAUAUCAUUGUGAAAUGGUGCAUCAUCAUGGAAUAUUACUACCGCUGCUGGGUGUGCUCUGUGUCUGGUCUGGUGUGAUCUUAGCCAGUGAACAGCAACCCGCACGCAUUGUCUGCUACUUCAGCAACUGGGCUGUGUACCGUCCAGGCAUUGGACGCUAUGGCCUGGAGGAUGUGCCCGCCGAUCUCUGCACGCAUCUCAUUUACUCCUUCAUUGGCGUGGAGGACAAAAGCUGGGAUGUGCUGGUAAUCGAUCCCGAGUUGGAUGUGGAGCAGGAGGGCUUCAGCAAGUUCACGCAGCUGAAGCAGUCGCAUCCCAAGCUGAAGCUGCAGAUAGCCGUCGGCGGCUGGGCCGAGGGUGGCUCCAAGUACUCGAAAAUGGUGGCCGUGCGGGAGCAUCGACAAAGCUUUAUACGCAGCAUCGUUCAGUUUAUGCGGCAGUACAACUUUGAUGGCUUCGACCUGGACUGGGAGUACCCAGGCGCCAACGAUCGCGGUGGCAGCUUUGGCGACAAGGACAAGUUCUUGUACUUUGUGCAGGAGCUGCGACGCGCUUUCGAUCGGGAGGGGCGCGGCUGGGAGAUUACCAUGGCAGUGCCAGUGGCCAAGUUCAGGCUGCAGGAGGGCUACCACGUGCCGGAGUUGUGCGACUUAUUGGAUGCCAUUCAUGCCAUGACCUAUGAUCUGCGCGGCAAUUGGGCUGGCUUUGCCGACACACACAGUCCGCUGUACAGGCGCAAGCAUGAUCAGUACGCCUACGAGCGCCUCAAUGUGAAUGACGGCCUCGCACUGUGGGAGGAGAUGGGCUGCCCGGCGAACAAGCUGGUUGUCGGCAUACCGUUCUACGGACGCACCUUUACGCUGAGCAACUCCAACAAGAACUACAACAUGGGCACGUACAUCAACAAGGAGGCGGGUGGCGGUGCACCGGGACCCUACACGAAUGCCAGCGGCUUUCUGGCCUACUACGAGAUAUGCACGGAGGUGAUGGACAAGUCGCAGGGCUGGACCGUGGAGUGGGAUGAGGCGGGCAUGGUGCCUUACACGUACAAGGACACGCAGUGGGUGGGCUACGAGAACGAGGCCUCGGUCCAGAUCAAAAUGGAUUUCAUCAAGCAGCGGGGCUAUGCGGGCGCCAUGACCUGGGCCAUCGACAUGGACGAUUUCCAUGGACUCUGCGGCCGCAAGAACGGCCUCAUGCAAAUCCUCUACGACAACAUGCGGAGCUAUCGGGUGCCGGAGCCCACACGGGAGACGACGCCGAGGCCAGAGUGGGCGAAGCCGCCCGCCACUUCACCGAAUCCGGACGAGGGCCCCAUAGUGCAGAGUGAGACAACGUCGACGACGACGCGGAAACCGAAACCGAAGCCAAAACCAACUUCAGCGGCAGUCAGCACAACGUCAGCGCCGGCACUGGCGCCAGCACUGACCAGCACCACAAAGAAGACAACCACAAAGAAACCCAAGAAGCCCAAGAAGACAACCAGCACGACCAGCACCACAACAACGUCUGCGCCGGAGAAGGCAACGGAGGAGCCGGAAAUAAUUGUCGAUCCAGAGCAGAAGCCAGGGGAGCCGCUGUUCGAUCCCAGCGAAAUUGAUUGCACCAAUCGCGAUUUUGUGCCGCAUCCAAACUGUCGAAAGUACUUCCGCUGCGUGCAUGGCAAACCCGUGGAGUUUGAGUGCAAGGAGGGCACGGCAUUCCACACGGUACUCAAUGUCUGCGAUUGGAUCGAGAACAGCGAUCGGUAUUACUGCACACGAAUCAAGCAAAAGCAGCGGGGCAAUGAGGCCCACUAGCAGCUAAUCUUUUACUAAAUUAUUUGCAAGACUCUAGCAUAAGUUCGAGCAUAAGUCCAAGACUAUUUUUAAUUUAAUCUACGAUUAGUUGUAGGGCCAUAAAGUGCGUCAAAGAGAUUACUGCACGAGACGAAACACAUAAAAAUA